AUGGAGGGUUUCACACUCAACUGCACCUCCAGCAACGGCACCCACAAGCCCUUCCUGCGCAAUGUCGAAUUCAUGAGCAUUUCCUUAUUGUCGGGUCGUGCCCGCAUCGCCAACACUGUGUCGACCCAAUGCUACAAUGCCACGAACGGCAACGUGACGUACGAUGACUGGCAGAUGAACCUUACGGCGACACCGUUCCGGUUCUCCAGCGGCCUCAACAAGUUUAUGACCGUCGGCUGCAUGACGCUGGCCUACCUCAUAGAGAGCGACACAGCGAAUAGCAGCUAUUGGUCCGGGUGUGUAUCGAUGUGCAGGAGCGCGGACAACUUGAGCAACGGCUCGUGCAGGGGCAUCGGAUGCUGCCACACCGCCAUCCCGAAGGGGAUAUGGUACUACCAAGUGCAUUUUGCCGAAAACUUCAACAGCUCAGAGACGUACAAUUUCAGCCGGUGCGGCUACGCUGCACUGGUGGAGGAACGCGCCUUCAAGUUCCGCACCUCCUACGUCACGACCGAUGAGCUGUACAGAAGAAGGCUGCCGUUGGUGAUCAAUUGGGCCGUAAGAAACAAGACGUGCCGGGAAGCCCGGCAGAACAUGACUUCCUACGCAUGCGCUAGCGAGCACAGCACGUGUGUAGACUCCGCGAAUGGGUCCCACUAUCGCUGUAACUGCUCCGAGGGCUAUCAAGGCAAUCCUUAUCUAUCCCACGGGUGCCAAGAAAUUGACGAGUGUGCAAACAAGAAUGCAUAUCCAUGCUCUGGGGUUUGUCACAAUACGCAAGGUGGAUACUGGUGCUCAUGCCCACUUUAUCAUGUUGCUGCUCUUAAACUUGUUAGCAUUUGCAUCAGCCUCGUCAUUAUUCUAGUUAUCAUAUUUUGUAUUCAUAUUAUGUGUGAAAGACGAAAGCUUAUAAAAGUUAAAGAGAUGAACUUCCGACAACACGGAGGCUGGCUACUAUUGGAAGAAAUCAGAAAACGGCAAGGCCUUGCAUUUAAGAUGUUUACAAAAGAAGAGCUCGAACAAGCGACGAAUAAGUUUCACAAGAACAACAUCCUAGGGCACGGAGCCUACGGUACAGUAUAUAAGGGAAUUCUCAAAGACAAUCGCGUCGUAGCGAUAAAGAGAGCCAAAAUUAUUAAUGAGAGACAAAAGAAAGAAUUUGGAAAAGAGAUGCUUAUUCUUUCCCAGAUCAACCAUAGAAACAUAGUUAAGCUCCUCGGAUGUUGUUUAGAGGUGGAAGUUCCAAUGUUGGUGUAUGAAUAUAUUUCCAACGGGACUCUAUUCCAGUUGAUUCAUGGCAACAGCCGUAGAAUCUAUAUAUCAUUGGAGACUCGUUUGAAAAUAGCUCUCGAGUCUGCUGAAGCACUUGCAUACUUGCAUUCGUCGGCAUCCCCUCCGAUAAUUCAUGGAGAUGUUAAGUCCGCAAACAUCCUUUUGGAUGAUAAUUUAAUGGCAAAGGUCUCCGAUUUCGGAGCUUCUAUCCUCGCUCCUAAGGAUGAAAAACAGUUCGUCACAUUGGUGCAGGGAACUUGUGGUUAUUUAGACCCAGAAUACCUACAAACAUGCCAAUUGAUUGAUAAAAGCGAUGUUUAUAGUUUUGGAGUGGUUCUUUUGGAGCUCCUCACUGGUAGGAAAGCACUUUAUUUUGAAGGAACUGAAAUAGAGGCGAGCCUUUCAUCAACCUUCCUAUCUGCUAUGAAGGAGGGUCGCUUCAGCAAACUUCUUGAUGAUCAGAUUAAGUAUGAUGAAGAGGUGGAAAGGAUUAAUGAAAUUGCUGCACUAGCAAAAGCUUGCUUAAAUGUCAAGGGGGAAGACAGGCCCUCAAUGAAGGAAGUAGCGAAGGAGCUUGACAGACUCAAAAAAAUAAAGCAACAUCCCCGGGAACAACAAAACGAUGCAGAGAUUGAGAGUUUGCUUAACAAUCCCUCAAUCUACCGUGAGGAAGAAAACUCCGGCUUUUACAGUUUAGAGAGGAAUGCUAUGCUCAGCAUAGAACCUGGACGUUGA